GAGAGAGAUGAUGUACAGUAUAUAGAGAGUAACAGGACGUGUUUUCUCUGAUGCUACAGACCUCUGAAGGAGUGAGACAAUUCAAAGGACUGUUAAACAAGUUCAGAAGGGGCACAGCAUGGUGACUCUGUCCCUCUUGUCCCUCGGUCUCCUCUCCUUGUUGGGGGUCAGAGGGGAAGUGGCUCCAAAUUUCGACAACUGCAAAGAUUCUUUCUUCAAAAUGACACCAGUGUCUGGUCUGAAUGUAGCUCUCCCCACUCCGAUCAAGCCCAACACACAGGGCUUAGAGAAGCCUGAGAAGUGUCUCUCUGCUUACAAUGCUGCCUCUCCUGCAUACAUCUGUCAGAGAAACGGUAACAACUAUUACUUUGCCACUCUGUAUGACCGUGGCAGGAGGAUCCCUCUGUACUCUGCCUAUCAAAUGGAUAUCGAAGGGGUCCCUGACAGAAAGGGGUCCAUAGAUAAUUAUGAACCACAGCUUGUACAUCCUGACCUACCACCACAGCAAAUGAAUAAGACAAAAUUAUUGAGUGAGAUCAAGAAAUACAACCAAAACAAUGGCUGCUUAGAACGCUCUCCACAAUACCGACAGAACUACAAGCUGGGCUGGAGUCAGGCUCUCGAUGACAACUUUGGCUCGUAUGACCGCGGGCACCUAAACCCCGCAGGACACCAUAAAGAAGAUGCAUCCAAAGCCACCAUGACCCAUACCAACGUAGCUCCGCAAGAUGGGAAGAUGAACACCGGGCCGUGGAACCGGUAUGAGAAGAAGCUGAAGGAUGAUUUGAGUAAAGACUGUAGUAAGAUGUAUGUGGUGACAGGGGUGGUCCCAGGCGACACGUGGGUAGACCAGAACGAGCGAGUCAAUGUUCCGAGUCACUACUGGAAUGCCUACUGCUGCACCGACAACAUCGACAACCCUCUCAAGUCUGGAGGUGCCUUGGGUCCUAACACAGCUCUCAGUAAUGUUACAGAGUAUAACUCUGUUACAGACCUUGAGACUGAGCUUAGAAAGCUACUGGUGCCGAAAGUUGACAACAAUUUCAACAUUUUUAAUGGCUGUUAGUCCAACAUAGAUGUGGACGUGUCUAAUAUAUCUGGUAUGAUUGUUUUGGAUUUUUAAUUAAUGCUUAGGCUCUUACGUUUGUUGUUACUGUUUAGUAUAGGCCUACUGUAUAAUGAUGUUUUUGAACCUAUAGAUUAUAUUGAUGUAGGCCAGUGGCCAGAUGUUUCACAAUUUAGCUCAUCUGAUUCACCUAUUCAAUGGCUUGAUUAUUAGUUGAGUCAGGUGUGCUAACUGUGGAAUAGUUAAAAUACAAGGAAUGGCUGGGGGUCCCUGACAAGAGGGAAAACCCCUGAUUUAGGCUACAUCAAUAUUUUAAACAAAUCCCUGACCAUAAAUAUGAUCCUAUUUAUCAAAUUUGUGCAUAAAAUGUAUUACAAUUUAAAAACAGGUCCUUAGGACGGCUCAUAAUAAUUCUUCGUAAAGUAUAUGUUUGAUUGUUUUGUCACACAGAGUUGCGCUCUCAACUCUUUGCGAAUGCUUGUUGCUAUGAAUCUUUAACCCAAUAAAGCUUGACUUGCAAUGCAAA